UUGUCACAGGAUUCUUUAAAAAAUAACUUGUGAGCAUGUGCUGUAUUCGUAUAUUUCAGACACCUGGCACAAUUCUAGCUCAGUUGAACGAGUAUCGUGAGACUUUAUAUAUUAUAUUUGGAAUUACCUGUUUGGUUUCAUGGUUAUGUUUCAAUUUAUGGGCGUUACGUGAAUUUUUCUGCCCAACAAUAUUCAAUUCUAACUCUUCAUCAACACUGAGACAUUAUUCAGAAGAUCACCUAACUCGAAUAAAAAUGCAAUACAUAUCCAGCGGACGCCUGUUGACUAAUCUCACAGCUUCUGUAUCUUCCUUAAAUCGUCGACCUUCGCUGAAUUUUUCUACUGAUCAUCAUCAUAAUCUAGAGAUUUUUGUGGUUUGAUAAACAUUUUUUAUAAAUUUAAA